AUGACAUCAAAGGAUUAUUAUGCAGAUUCAUAUGCACAUUUCGGUAUUCAUGAAGAAAUGUUAAAGGAUGAAGUUAGAACGCUUUCGUACAGAAAUGCAAUUUGCAACAAUCCUCAUCUUUUCAAAGGUAAAACUGUUCUUGAUGUUGGUUGUGGAACGGGAAUCUUGUGCAUGUUUGCUGCCAAAGCUGGUGCAAAGAAGGUAAUCGGUGUGGAUAUGAGUAACAUCAUCGUACAAGCCCGUCAGAUCGUAGAAGCAAAUGGAUUCAAAGAUACGAUUCACCUCGUCAAGGGUAAACUUGAAGAAGUGGAGCUACCAUUGGCACCAGGAGAAAAGGUAGAUGUGAUCAUCAGUGAAUGGAUGGGAUACUUUUUGCUAUACGAGAGCAUGUUGGACACAGUCUUGGCUGCUCGUGACAAAUAUUUGGCUCCCGGUGGUGUGAUGAUGCCCGAUACUGCCUCUCUUUAUUUGAGCGCUAUCGAAGAUCAAGAAUAUCGCGAAGAAAAGAUUGGCUUUUGGGAUGACGUGUACGGAUUCGAUUACAGCUGUAUAAAAGAGAUUGCUCUAAGGGAACCAUUGGUGGACACUGUUGAACUCAAGAGCGUCGUUUGUGAUCCUUGCUUGGUAAAGCACAUCAACCUCUUAACCGUCACAAAGGAGGAGCUAACGUUCAAGGAUUCCUUCAAGCUAAACGUCACCCGAAACGAUUACAUUCAUGCUUUCUUGGGAUGGUUCGAUGUUUCAUUCGACGCUUGCCAUAAGCCAGUCAAAUUCUCAACUGGUCCACACUCUCGGUAUACACACUGGAAACAAACCGUCUUUUACGUUCCCGAAAUGAUGACAGUUAGUGCAGGUGAAUCGAUCUCGGGUACAUUGAGUUGUGCUCCCAACGCAAAGAACAAUAGAGAUUUGGACAUUGUAUUUGAAUAUGAAUUGGACGGAUCACAACCUAUCAAGGCCAAAGCAGAAUUCCAAAUGUGA